GAAUUCAAAAGAUAAUCCAAAAAAGUUUACUUUGUUUCAGAUAGACUAAAGAUCUAAUAUUCAAAAAACGUUACAAUAGAAUGUAUAAAAGAAGGAUGUAUAUAUUGUAGAAAAGAAAAUAAUUGAAUACACAUAUACAUAUGUACAUAUUUCAUCAAUACACAAGCGUUUUCAUUGAUAUAAAACCCUAAAAGCAAAUUUGUCUUGAGCCCUUUCCAAUAUCAAGCACGUUUCCAAUGUCAAGCACGUUAAGAUAUUAAAAAAGUAGUUGAGCCCAUUAAGUUUUAAUGGAUUGUCAUUAGGAUUCUGGAUACAUUACUGUACGAGUUAAUGCACAACACGCAAAAAAAAAAAAAAUAAAAAAGUUUUUUUUAGAAAAAAAUUUUUCCUUAAAAGUGACCAUCUUGUGAUGUAUGGAGGAAAGUUAGGCAACUAUAUUGUCUUUCUUGGGAAAAAAAUUCAAAACAUAAAAAAGUGGGCUUUUUCUGUAAAUUGACUUUUAAUUUUGAAAAGAUAUUUUUUAGCGUGCAAAACAUUUUUUUAUAUUUUUUAAAUAUGUUUUCUUGAAAGCUUGGGCAAUUCCCUAAAAGUCCCCUAUACAUCACUUUUUUGUACAACUUAUCAUAUUCGAGUUAUAUUUUUUGUGAAAAAAACGGCUAAUGCGCAACACGCUAAAAAAACUAACAUGAAAAAGUUUUUGUUAGAAAAACUUUUUUUCCUUAAAAGUGCCCAUCUUGUGAUGUAUGGAGGAAAGUUAGGCAACAAUAUUGACUUUCUUGGAAAAAAAAUUUCAAAACAUAAAAAAGUGGGCAUUUUCUGUAAAUUGACUCUUAAUUUUAAAAAUAUAUUUUUUAACGUGUAAAAAUGUAUUUAGAAUUUUUGAAAUAUUUUUUCAUGAAAGCUUGGACAAUUCUCUAAAUGUCCCCCAUACAUCACUUUUUUGUACAUCUUAUCAUAUUCGAGUUAUUUUUUGUGAAAAAAAAACGGUUAAAAAACUUUGACUCUUUUUAAAUGUUAGUCUAGGUUAAUUUUGAAAAAACAAAAUAUGCAAAGUUGCUUGAAAAGGUAAAGUCUUGAAACCUACAAAAUUUCAUAACAUUCUGAGGGGGUGCUGCCAACCCCGAAGACGAGUUGGUGCGAAAUUCGUCCAUAGCACAAUGAGCUUCAAUGCGAUUAUAUCUGUGAGGACUAGUCUGUCGGAUAUCGUCUACCGAGUAACAUCAUGGAGCGCUGGCAGGGUAAAGUGGCCAUCGUGACGGGUGCUAGUUCCGGAAUUGGUGCCGCAACGGUCAAGGAAUUGGUGAAGGCCGGAAUGAUAACGGUUGGAUUGGCCAGGAGACUAGAGCAGGUUGAAGCGCUGAAGGCGAGUCUUCCAACCGAUGCUGCUGCUAGACUACAUGCGUUCAAAUGUGACGUAUCCAAAGAGGACGAUAUCGUUGAGGCAUUUAAGUUUGUGGAAGAUAAUUUCGGUGGCGUCGAUGUGCUUGUGAACAAUGCUGGCGUGUAUCAGAAAGUAGACCUUUUGGAAGCCGGAAAUACAGCCACAUUGAGGCAGUCACUGGACGUGAAUGUUUUGGGACUGACGCUGUGUAGCCGGGAGGCAUUUCAAUCAAUGCAAAAAAGAGGUAUGGCAGGACAUAUCAUUCAUAUCAACAGCAUUGAAGGACACAAAGUACAGAACUACCCGGGUGCCAAUUUGUAUCCGGCGAGUAAAUUUGCUGUGACUGCAAUCACCGAGACUAUGCGCAAUGAGUUGAGAAACGCUGGCACUAAAACCAAAGUGACCAGCAUCAGCCCGGGAUUUGUUAAGACUCCGAUGGUAGAUUUGUGUGAUGAAUAUGCUGGUUUCGAUACCACCAUGAUGCCGAUGCUGCAACCAGAGGACAUUGCUCAUGGUAUCCUGUACGCGUUGGGUACACCCCCACAUGUGCAAGUACAUGAACUAACAAUAAAACCAAUAGGGGAGCCCGUAUAGUGUAGAAUUUAAACACUAUUCGUUGAAAUAAAACAAUAUUCCUAAUACA